AUGAUUGCCUUACUCAAGGUUCUAAUCGGAAAGUUUGUUGAUGACGAAGAGUACUUGCGGGAUAGAAGUUCCGAUGAGCUUUCUUUUUGGCUGAAAAAGAAUAAGCCGAAAACUAUUCGAAUGAACUGGACAUGUCCCAAAAAGGCUGAAUCAAUUUUCUUAAAAUGUGGAUUACGUAUGGAUAACCUGCCUCUGGUCUACGACUCACAAAAUUUGCCAAUAACUGAAGACAAAUGGAACAAAACAGUUUUCUUCUCGAAGCCACAUGGGAGCUAUCAGUGGCCACCCCACAUCAGUGUAGUCGUCUACGCUUCCAAGCCACAAAUCAAUCGCACUCCUCUCAGUGAUUGUGAAAAGGCCAUAGUUACGGCGUUUGAAGAUGAAACGUUAUUCGAAAAAUGGAUAGCCCUAUUGCUAAUUGAGAAGAAUGACUCGAAAGAAGUUAACGACAAUACAGUUUGGAUGAUAAAAAGAGCAGAGCAGCGUCUAGCGGCCGAGAUAUUCACGGGUGUUGCAAAAGGCACCAAAUAUAUUGGCUUCAAGAAAUUGGAUCAGUUGUGGCAAUGGCUGGCGCCGGCGAUAGACAAUCUCUACGACCACAUGAAUGCGGAUGCCUAUUCAGCAUGGCAAAGUUGUAUCACCGAUGUGCUGAACCGUGACGACACUCGACGAUUUUGGUGGUUAGUUGAACGGUUUCUCAACAGCAUGACACGUCCAGCGCCUACGGCUUGGCAUCAGGGAAUUCGCUCUUACGUGCUUCUUGCAACUGACUGGCGUGAAACGGAAACUCGCCGUAGAAUCUGUGAGAUUGCCUGGAAGAGCCUUCCAAAAGCAGUCAUAGAGACUCAACGGAUUGGAAUCUCAACAUCACUGAAACAUGUUUGUACCGUAUUGGAGGCAAACAUGAACAACGAUCUACAGAAUCUACCAGAGAGAUUUCGACUCGAAAGUGUCGACGUGUGGUUGGGACGUUUCGAGAAAAAGUUGGACAUGCUAGCAAGCCCUCCCAAGACGGCAUCUGAGAAUUUCCUUGAGCCACAAAAGGUCCAAUCGGCACCUUCAAAUGAGAAACAAGACGAUGACAAGGCGCAAUGUUCCACUCCUACAAAGAACGAGUAUUACGAAGAUUGUAUCACGUGCCUAACACCAGGGAUAGUGUCUCUUUUUCCGAUGAUAAUCGAGUAUGCUAACGAAGACGAAACGGAACAAAACGAGUCUUUCAAAGACAUUGACAUCAAGAAUAAUGCAAGUGUAUUGGUACAUGAGUAUAUGUCAAGUUUGCUGGUAACUGAAAAGUUCGCCGAGCCAUUUCUGGACAUCGUUAUAAGGACAUUUCAUCGUACUGGUCUUUGGCGUGUACGAGUCUCGGUGUUGAAGUUUCUACAAGUGAUAGUCUUCUCCAAUAUCUACGUACUCGAGAUGAAUCAACGAACGAAGAAGGUGGUGCGAUUGCUUUUUGAAGCCCUGGUCGACAGUCAGAUGGAGGUGCGACUGGAAGCUUCGCGAUGUAUGAUGACAUUAAUUCAUUGCGAUUAUAUUAAGGUGGACAGCUUUCUUUUGGGCAGAAUUAAUGAGUGCUCGAAAGACAAGGAGCGAUCUUCUCUACAUGGGGCCGUACUUGGAAUGGGUGCAGUAGUGAUGGCACAUCCCUACUCAACGCCACCAUUCAUCGUUCCUCUGCUGCAGUCACUAUGCACCUUCACGAGUCAUAGCGCGGAGUUGCAGAGGGCGGCAACAAUGGCUCUCAGAGAGUUUCGGCGCAGCCAUCGUGAAGAAUGGGAAAAGACGACAAAGAUUAUCGGAUCUGACCUCGUGUAUAAAAUCGAAAACGCAAUCGCACCCAUUUACUAUGCUUAA